AUGAGGGCCACAGCCCUGCCCCUCUUUCACCCACCUGCGGUCUCACCGCUCCUGAGCCCCGCCUGCCCACAGGCAACCCGUACUGGACGUCAAAGCGCGACGGCGAGGUGCACCUGCGGCGGGAGGACGCCUUCACCAGCCAGGCGCCCUUCACCGUGCACGACUUGGUCAUACACGGCCAUCAAGUACGCCAACUACGUCGCGCUCGGCUCCAAGCACAGGAACGGCUGGCACCUGCUCACCUACAUCGAGUACUACGAGGAGUGCCGGCGUGCAGCCAAGGCCUUCCUCAAGAUCCAGGGCUCCUUGAAGCACCUCAAGGCCAUCGUCCAGUACAAGGAGGAGAUCCGGACCCGGCUGCAGAACCUGUAUUCCGUAGGUCCUCACCGGGAGGGCAGGGUCGGGGCUGUGGCGCAGGGGUUGAGGCCUCAGGCUCAAGGGUCCCCUUCCCCCAACCACCACCACCGUGAGCCGCAUACCACCCCAUCCCCCACCGCCUCUCUGCAGUGGAGAGGGUUCCUGGACCUGGCUGACGGCGUCUCGGAAGACACGCUGGACCGGGUCAUCGACUCCCAAAAGCCCAACCAGUGCUGUGCCCUGGUCUAUAGCCUGUCGGCCACCGGCCCCCCAAAGGCCAUGAUGCUCAGCCACGACAACAUCACCUGGACCACGGUGGCCACGGCCCAGAGGCUGUCCUACAGGUGCCCCCCGGAGGAGCAGGAGGUCCUGGUGAGCUACCUCCCCCUCAGCUACAUGGGGGCCCAGCUCUUCGACAUGUGGGUGUCCAUCUCUGUCGCCGGAGCCCUCUACUUUGCCCAGCCGGAUGCUCUGAGGGGCUCCCUGAUAGACACGCUGCGGGAGGUGAAGCCCACCCUGUUCCACGGCGUCCCAUGGGUCUGGGACAGGUUGCUGGACAACCUGAAGACCAGUCAGCUCUCGUCGACCCCAUUCCGGAGGAGGAUCGACCAGUGGGCCAUGUGGCUGGGACUCAAGACAAACAGAAAGCGCAUGUUGAGGCAGACCCAUGCCCCGCUGUGCUUCGGCCUGGCCAAGAGGCUGACCUUCAACCAGGCCCGGAGGUUCCUGGGCCUCCAUCACUGCCGGCAGUACUUCAACUUGGGCCUGGGGCUCUCCAGAGCCACCCUGGAUUACUUCCUCAGUCUCAACAUGCCCAUCUUUGAGCUCUACGGCCUGUCCGAGAGCACGGGCAUCCACACGCUCUCCAGGCAGCAGGACUUCCGGCUGCUGAGCUGUGGGAAGUCCCUCCCCAGCACCCACACCAAGACACAGAAGGAAGAUGAGGAGGGCAUUGGGGACAUCUACAUUUGGGGCCGCAACGUCUUCAUGGGGUAUCUCGAUGAUGAGGAGAAUACCCAGGCGAAGAUCGAUGCCCGUGGCUGGUUGCACACGGGGGACCUGGGCUUUAUGGACCCUGAUGAAUUCCUCUAUGUCGUGGGCAACGCCAGAGAUAUCAUCACCCUCAGCUCAGGCGAGAAGAUCAACCCGAACCCCAUCGAGGAGCGGGUGAAGAGGCACAUCCCCAUCGUGCGCUACGUCAUGCUGGUGGGCCAGGACGCGCCGUACCUGUGUGCCCUGCUCACGCUGAAGUGUCAGAUCAACACGGACACAGGGGAGCCCCGGAACGCACUGACCAGCGAGGCGGUCGCUUUCUGCCGGCAGCUCAGGAGCCAGGCCACCAGGCUGUCGGACAUCGUGUACGACGGAGACCCAGUGGUCUUGGAGUUCAUCAGCCAGGGCAUUGACGCUGCCAACGCGGAGGUCGUCUCGAGCAGCGCCAAGAUCAUCAAGUGGGCCAUUCUCAGGACGGACUUCUCCAUAGCUGGAGGGGAGCUGGGGGCAACCACCAAACUGAAGAGGGCCAUGGUGGCCAGGAUCUACCAAGCUGAAAUUGAGAGCCUUUAUGAGGAGGACGAGGAGGAAUACUAGCAGACAGCAAAGGCCCGGGGCUUCCUGCUUCAUCCCCGCCUGCCGUCCCCCUCCUUCCGUCCCCCUCUCGGACGAUCCGGACCUUCGAGGAGCUGCCUUCUAGAAGGAGGGAAGCUGCUCCGAGUGCCAAAUGCCGAGCGGGGACAGGUUUUAACUAAGAUGCCCCCUCUGGGGUUGCGUUUUACAUUUAAAGGUAGAAGGUAAUACAAUUGGUGUCACUAAAGCAGCGGUUCUUACCAGGGUGGUCCUGCGCCCCCCUCCAAACACACAUGGUGAUGUCCGGGGACAUUUUGGGUUGUCCCCACUAGGCAGGCAGGGGCUAGAGGCAUGUGGCAGGCGGGUGCAGAGUUUCCCACUAAAGGCUCCGGAAAAGGCAGAGCCAGGUGUGAUCGAGCUCAUAGGUUUCCCCACUUUGAGAACUCCGCACACACUAACAUAAGAGAGGUGCGGGACUGCUGCACAGGCUCGCGACCCCCUGGAGAGACGGUGCAGGAAGGUCCCCUGGCCGUCUGCAGUCACCCAGAGAGAACAGCCAUGGGUUCUCUGCGGACCCACCCAGCGCCAUCAAGGACACGUUUUUUUGGAAACUAAAAU